AUGGCUGACAGCAUGGCCGCGCUCGCAAAGCAGGCGGACAGGAUGCGGGCGGCGGCGGCGGCGGCGCGGCAGGAGAAGGGGCAGCAGCAGAAGCAGCAGCAGCGGCGCCAACAGCAGGAGCAGCAGCAGCAGGAGCAGGAGCAGCAGCAGCAGCAGCAGCAGCAAGGAGGGCUCGGGAGUCUUGAGGAGGACGGGCAGGCGUCUGACCGCCAGGCUGCGGCUGCGGCGGGGGAGGGGCGGCAGCCUGAUGGAGCGCAGGGUUUAGGCGAGAACAAUCCUAGCAGCAAUGGGGGCGGCGGCGUCAGCAGCAGCGGCGGCGGCGCCGAACAGGCGCCGGCCCCGGCGGCGGCGCCGGCCGACCCCAGGGCAGCGGCGGCGGCGCGCCUGCUGCAGCAGCCGCUGCGGCCGAGCGCGGCGCAGCCUGCGCUGCAGCGGCCCAAGCGGCCUGCGCCGCCGCGGUAG